CACCCAUCAAAAAUUAAAAAUAAAAAUUAAAAAGACAAAAUAAAAACUCUCUUCCCCUUCUUAAGAAGAAGCCAUCUUGGUUUCAUUUCGUCCCAUAAUCUUCCAAACUUCACCAGAAGAAAUUCUUAACAAACAAUUUUCUUCAUAAUAUUAAUUCUCAAGAUCUUAAAGAUUAUAUUAAUACGAAGAGAAAAUUCAAAUGGGUCUUGAUGAUUCAUGCAACACAGGUCUUGUUCUUGGUUUAGGCCUCUCACCAACGCCUAAUAAUUACAAUCAUGCCAUCAAGAAAUCUUCCUCCACUGUGGACCAUCGUUUCAUCAGGCUCGAUCCGUCGUUGACUCUAAGCCUAUCCGGUGAGAGCUACAAGAUCAAGACUGGUGCCGGCGCCGGCGACCAAAUUUGCCGGCAGACCUCGUCCCACAGCGGCAUCUCAUCUUUCUCGAGCGGAAGGGUAAAGAGAGAAAGAGAAAUCUCCGGCGGCGAUGGAGAAGAAGAGGCGGAGGAGACGACGGAGAGAGUGGUGUGUUCGAGAGUGAGUGAUGAUCAUGACGAUGAAGAAGGUGUUAGUGCUCGUAAAAAGCUUAGACUCACUAAACAACAAUCUGCUCUUCUCGAAGAUAACUUCAAACUUCAUAGCACCCUUAAUCCCAAGCAAAAACAAGCUCUUGCGAGACAGCUGAAUCUAAGGCCUAGACAAGUUGAAGUGUGGUUCCAAAACAGGAGAGCUAGAACAAAACUAAAGCAAACAGAAGUGGAUUGUGAGUUUUUGAAGAAAUGUUGCGAGACUUUAACGGAUGAGAAUAGAAGGCUUCAAAAAGAGCUUCAAGACCUUAAGGCUUUAAAAUUGUCUCAACCGUUUUACAUGCACAUGCCGGCGGCGACUUUGACUAUGUGCCCUUCUUGUGAGAGACUCGGCGGUGGUGGUGUCGGAGGAGAUACGACGGCGGUUGAUGAAGAAACGGCGAAAGGAGCUUUCUCCAUCGUCACAAAGCCUCGUUUCUAUAACCCUUUCACUAAUCCUUCUGCAGCAUGUUAGUUACUUAUUAGUUAUUUAAUUUCUUUUUGUUGGUUUUUUUUUUGUUUCUUAAAUCAAAUUAGGAAUUAGUUAGAAGAUAAAUCCCAGGGAAAAAAUAUUACGUUGAAAUUGGGGGGAAAUGGGGUAUAGUCUUUAUAGAUAAGACUCUUCAACGAUUCCACUUUAUUUUUCGGUGGGAUUGUUGGUUGAUGAAGAAAAAAAAAUAGUUUGUAAUUACAGGUUUAAAUAUGUAGAGAAAAAAUGACGAAUAUGUAUUAUCUUGUUUUUUUUUCCUUCGAAUAUGUAUUACGGUAAUAUAAAUUUGCUUGUAAAAAUAAUAAAUAUAUUAUUUGAUAAAUUUUGUACAAGUUUAUAUCACGUCUGACGACGUAUCCUUAACAAAUGAUUGUUCAUUCAUGUGAGUA